AUGUCGUUGAUGGCCACCAAGCUCGUCAACACCGCCGAGGUCGCCUCGUCGGACGCGCAAACCCUAGUCGCGGACAUGCGGAAGGCAAUCAGCACCAUGAAAUCCCUCGCCGUAGACUUCGAGAGGGACGGCAAGUCCGACAAGGUGAAGAAGCUUGAGGAGAUGGUUCUGGAGAUGGUGGCUUCGUACGAGGACUGCGCGGCCAUGGCCCAGGCGAUUAAGGCGGUGCCUGGAGUGUAUCAGCCGUCUGAUCAGCCAACGGAUUUCAAAACAUUGAUCGAGGUGGAGGUUAGCAAGAUUAAGGGAGCGUCAUCAGCAUCACAACAGAACCACCCACUCUUUCGGCAGUUCAGGGAGACUGUCUGGAAUGUUCACCAUGCUGGUCAACCUAUGCCUGGUGAGGAACAGGAGGACAUUGUCAUGACUAGCACUCAGAUGAGCAUCUUAAAUGUCACAUGCCCAUUAACAGGAAAGCCUGUGAUUGAAUUGAUAGAUCCAGUUCGCUGGUAUGAGUAUAAUUCUAUUCUGUACUUCUGUAUCUCGUUGAACAUUCUUCGUGGGGUUUUCUAA